AUGGACAUAUCACACUUCCAGCGCUUCCUUGCUGCACAGCAGAAUGGAUUCGAAGCUUUCUUAAAGGGCUGUGGCGGUAUUGACGAAUACGAAUUGCGCAGAGAACUAGAGAUGCACGUCAAGAAGAUGCAACGUGCACUUGCAACAGGUCGACCACUUAAUGCUACUACUGUGUCUCCUGCCCUGCAAGUAUCUCGUUAUAAUACAAGCACGACAGACAUGUCCUCCUUUGUGACCCCUACCAAGAAAGCCACCCCGAACGAAAGAGCUGAGCCAAGCAGAUUUGCAUUAAGCCUUCCUAGCAGACCUGCUGCCGCAAGUGCCUUAUUCAAUGAGAGAUACGGCGCGAAGAGACGUCGCUUUCAACAUUCAGACACGUCUUCUUCACAGGCAUCCGAGGACAACAAGCUUCCAGGCAGUCCGAACCAUCCUUCUACUUGUACGCCAAGUAAGCGCCGUCUCACGACCCUAACCCCGCCAUCACGAGCCAAGCCUAUCAACCAAGAGGAUGUAGAGAAAUCAUGGGAGGCGAGGGAGAGGGCCCUGGCGAUCAAUCGGGCUAUGACAUCUACUGGAUCUCCAGUUCAACGACACGGAUUUGCUGCUAGCCGUAGUGCUGGUCGUGGUAACAGUACUGUUCGAGGUAGCAGCACUGUUCGUGGUAGCCGCACUCUCCGUAACAGACGUGGUCGCGGUUUCUAUUGA